AUGUUGAAGAGGAGGCCCAUCAUGUCAACACCAGUUAAGCUGGCAGCAGCAAAGAAGGAGGAGGAAGAAGUUGCAUUUACUACUAAUACUCCAUCUGGAACAGUGAACUUCAUCCCGCCACUGACAACAAGCCCAGUAAUAACAUCCUUCAACCCUGCUCACAAUGGCCGCGUAUGCAGUACGUGGGGCAAUUUCCACUUCAAGACUUUUGAUGGGGACAUCUUUUACUUCCCUGGACUCUGCAAUUAUGUCUUUGCAUCCCACUGCAAUGCUGCCUAUGAGGAUUUCAACAUCCAAAUCAGGCGCACUGUGGUGGAAAAUGCUCCUACUAUCAACCAUAUCACCAUGAAGCUCGAUGGGGUGGUUUUUGAAAUGGCAAAGAACUUUGUUGUUGUCAAUGGCAACAGGGUUCAGCUGCCUUACAGCCAGUCUGGAAUCAUGGCUGAGAGAAGCAGCAUGUAUAUAAAAGUGACUGCCAAAAUGGGCCUGGUUUUCAUGUGGAAUGAAGAUGACAGCAUCCUGCUGGAACUGAGUGACAAAUAUGCCAAUUAUACCUGUGGGCUUUGUGGGGACUUCAAUGGUAUUCCAACGUACAAUGAGUUCUUUUCAAACAAUGCUAAGCUGACUGCCACGCAGUUUGGAAAUAUGCAAAAGAUGGAUGGGCCAACAGAAGUCUGUGAGGAUCCUACAUCAUCCUCCCUGAACAACUGCACGGACAAUUUUGAUGACAUCUGCCAUAAAGUAUUGACUGGCCCUGCAUUUUCAGAAUGUAAUGUACUAGUUGAGGUUAGCGAGUACAUUAAGUCUUGUGAACAAGACUUGUGCCGCUGUGACCAGUCUAAGAAUGCCUUCUGUAUUUGUAAUGCCUUUGGUGAAUACUCCCGGCAGUGUGCCCAUGCCGGUGGACAACCUCUGAACUGGAGAACCCCACAACUGUGUCCCAAGAAGUGUCUUUUCAACAUGCAGUACCAGGAAUGUGGAUCCCCCUGCACUGACACCUGCACCAACCCUGAAAGAUCUCAUGUCUGUGAAGAUCACUGUAUGGAUGGCUGCUUCUGUCCCCCAGGAACUGUGCUUGAUGACAUUAACAAUGCUGGCUGCAUCCCCCUUUGGGAGUGCUCCUGUACUUACAAUGGCAACUCUUAUGCUCCAGGGACAUCUUUUCACGCCCAUUGCCAUUCCUGUACCUGCAAUGGAGGCCAGUGGAUUUGCACAAACAUUCCAUGCCCUGGAUCUUGUACAGUAGAGGGAGGUUCACACAUCUCCACAUAUGAUGAAAAACGUUACAAUGUCCAUGGAGACUGCACUUAUGUUUUGUCUAAGCUCUGUAAAAAUGACACAUUCGCUGUUCUGGGAGAACUCCGCAGAUGUGGCUUGACAGACACUGAGACAUGCUUAAAGACAAUAGUCCUCAGCGUUAAUGGAGGACAAACUAUCAUUGUGAUCAAGCCUGGAGGUGGCGUGUUUGUGAAUUGGAUCUACACUCAGUUGCCCUUCUCAGCAGCUAAUGUCACCAUUUUCAGACCCUCAUCCUUCUUCAUCAUGGUGGAAACAAACUUUGGACUUCAACUGGAGAUCCAACUUGUACCCAUCAUGCAAGCGUUUGUGCGACUGGAUCCAUCUUUCAAAGGGCAGACUUGCGGUCUCUGUGGAAACUUCAACAAUAUUGAGGCUGAUGACUUCAAAGCCAUAAGUGGUGUAGUGGAAGGAACAGCAGCUGCAUUUGCUAAUACCUGGAAAACACAAGCUUCAUGCCCUAACAUCAAAAACAACUUUGAGAAUCCUUGUGCUCUCAGCGUAGAAAAUGAAAAGUAUGCUCAGCACUGGUGCGGAUUGCUGACGGACAGCACAGGACCUUUUGCCAAUUGCCACUUAACAGUGAAUCCAGCUAUUUACCACACGAACUGUCUGUUUGACACCUGUAAUUGUGAAAAGAGUGAGGACUGCAUGUGUGCUGCCCUCUCUUCCUAUGUGAGAGCCUGUGCUGCCAAAGGAGUCCAGCUGGAGGGAUGGAGGACUGAUGUCUGUUCCAAAUACACAACCUCGUGUCCCAAAUCCUUGAGCUACAGCUAUACCAUCAGUUCCUGUCAACCCACUUGCCGGUCUCUGAGUGAGCCCGAUGUCACAUGUAACAUCAGGUUCAUUCCAGUUGAUGGUUGCACCUGUGAAAAAGGAACCUACAUGGAUGAAUAUGGCAAAUGUGUGUCUGCUAGUGAAUGUCCUUGUUAUUACAAAGGAUCUCCCAUUCUGUCUGGGGAAGUUGUUCACGAAGAUGGUCUUGUAUGCACUUGUGCACAGGGUAAACUGAGCUGCAUUGGAGUUGUGAACCAAAUCCCAGUUUGUGCUCCCCCCAUGGUCUACUUCGACUGCAGAAAUGUCACUGCAGGCACCACUGGAGCCGAAUGCCAGAAGAGCUGCCAGACGCUUGACAUGCAGUGUUACAGCACACAGUGUAUGUCUGGCUGCAUGUGCCCCUCUGGGCUAGUGUCAGAUGGUAAAGGCAGCUGUGUUGCUGAAGAGGAAUGUCCAUGUAUUCACAACGAGGCUACCUACAAACCAGGGGAAGAGAUCAAAGUUGACUGCAACACCUGCGUGUGUAAGAACAGGAUGUGGAAAUGCACCAGUGAACAAUGCCUUGGUACAUGCACUAUUUAUGGAGAUGGGCAUUACAUCACAUUUGAUGACAAACGGUUUAACUUCAAUGGAGAUUGUGAAUACACAUUAGUCCAGGACCACUGUGGGAAAAACAGCACAGUCAAUGGAACCUUUCGAGUUGUUACUGAAAACAUCCCCUGUGGCUCCACUGGGACCACCUGCUCUAAGUCUAUUAAAGUCUUCCUAGUGGGCUAUGAGUUGAUACUCAGUGAGGAACACUUUGAAGUGGUAGAAAGAGAAAAUGGAGGGCAAAUGCCAUACCAAGUCCGCUAUAUGGGCAUGUACUUAGUUAUUGAGACCAACAAUGGACUGAUCCUCAUGUGGGAUAAGAAAACCAGCAUCUUCAUCAAACUCAGCCCUGAUUUCAAGGGUCAGGUCUGUGGCCUGUGUGGCAACUUCGAUGGCAAUGGCAUUAAUGACUUUACCACCAGAAGUCAGUCUGUGGUAGGAGAUGUGCUGGAGUUUGGAAACAGCUGGAAAGUGUCUCUUACUUGUCCUGAUGCCAACUCUACAAAGGACCCUUGCUCUAUCAACCCUUAUAGGAAGUCCUGGUCACAGAGGCAGUGCAGCAUCAUCAACAGUGAAGUCUUUGCUGCAUGUCACUCUCAGGUUGAACCAACUAAAUAUUAUGAAGCAUGCAUGACUGAUGCUUGUGCUUGUGACAGUGGGGGAGACUGUGAAUGUUUCUGUACAGCAGUAGCUGCAUAUGCUCAAGCAUGUAGUGAAUUUGGUGUCUGUGUAGCCUGGAGAACUCCAUCAAUCUGUCCUCUGUUCUGUGAUUAUUACAACCUAGAAGGGGAAUGCGAGUGGCACUACAAGCCUUGUGGAGCUCCCUGCAUGAAGACCUGUAGGAAUCCAAGUGGAAGAUGCCUUCAUAAGUUACCAGGUUUAGAAGGCUGCUACCCAAACUGUCCAGCAAACAAGCCAUAUUUCAAUGAGGAUGAGAUGACGUGUGUUGAUAACUGUGGCUGUUACGAUGCUAAAGGAAACUACCACAAACCAGGAGUGAGCUUCUACUCACGGGACAACUGUCAGUCAUGCACAUGCACAAUGGAAGGCUUACGGUGCAAGUUUGAUGCUGAAGCAUGUUAUUGCUAUUAUGAAGAACACAAAUAUAAAUAUAAGGAUGUCAUUUAUAACACCACAGAUGGGAUUGGAGGGUGUUUGAGUGCAAUUUGUGACAUCAAUGGAACAAUAACCAGAACAUUCUUUGAAUGCAGUGGAAUUACAACUACCAUCCCAUUCACAUUUAGUACAGUUCUACCUCCGAAUGCUGCAGGAACAAUAACUACACCACCAGUUACAACAGUGUGUGUUCACAACGUAUGCCAAUGGUCAGGGUGGUAUGAUGUCAGCUAUCCAAGAGACUCCAACGAUGGAGAUUUUGAAACAUUUGAAAACAUAAGAGCUAAGGGAUUUAGUGUUUGCGAAACUCCAAGGGAUGUGGAAUGCAGAGCAGAAAGGUACAUGGGCAAACCACUAAAAGAUCUGAACCAAAAGGUGACAUGUAGCAAAGACUUUGGACUCAUAUGUAAUAAUAGGGAUCAGAUUCCACCACAGUGCUACAACUAUCAGAUCAAAAUAUUAUGUUGUACUUAUGUACCAUGUGACUCGUCAACAUCUACCCCAUCAGUCACAACUAGUGGACAUCCAACUGCUUCAAUUAGUACAGAAACUCCAACUCCAUUCCCACUUCCCAUCACUUCAAACGUCACCACCACGCUUGUACCCCCAGUUUCCACUACUCUAUCAAUCACCUACACUGCUUCUCCUCCAAGUCCAGGCACACCAACAGGCUCAUCUGGUACAGUACCACUGCAAACAGGCACAAUCCCACCUCUCACAGGAACGCGUCCACAACCUUCACCACGCUCCACACUUCCUCCUUUGGGACAAACAACCACUGAAGGCACCACACUACUCUCUACACAACCAACAUCACAGGCAAGCACCACCACGCUUGUACCUCCAGUUUCCACUACCGUAUCAGUCACCUCCACUGCUUCUCCUCCAAGUACAGGCACAGCAACAGGCUCAGCUGGUACAGCCCCACUGCAAACAGGCACAAUCCCACCUGUGACAGGCACGCGUCCACAACCUUCCCCAGGCUCCACUCUUCCUCCUUUGGGACAAACAACCACUGAAGGCACCACACUAGUGUCUACGCAGCCAACAUCACAGGGAAGCACCACCACGCUUGUUGCUGCAGUUUCCACUACUGUAUCAGUCACCUCCACUGCUUCUCCUCCAAGUCCAGGUAUACCAACAGACUCAGCUGGUACAGCAUCACUGCAAACAGGCACAGUCCCACCUCUCACAGGCACACGUGCUGAAAUCAGAACAGGUUCAGCCUCCACGGGUAAGGGUUCUACCAUCACUGGAAGUACUAUGCUUUUUUCCACAAGUCCAGCACAGCCAACAUCACAGGAAAGCACCACCGCACUUUUAUCUCCCGUUUCCACUACUGUGGCGGUCUCCCCAACUUUAAGCAUUAGAACUCCUCCAACAUCUACUAUGUCAAGGCUUACUUCUUCAGUAUCUGCAACAACAGAAGGCCCCAGUACAGCCUUCAAAGCACAUGAAAAAAGUACAUCUUUCACUUCAAGCAGAGUAACACCGUGUUUAUGCCACGUGUCUGGUGAUUUCUUUUCUCCCGGCGAAGUUAUAUACAACAGAACAGAUAGCACUGGUUGUAGUUUUUAUGCACUUUGCAGCAAAAGAUGUGAAAUUGAACGACUCCAGGGGCCAUGUCCUACAACAACUCCUGUUUCAUUAAUCCCAUCAUCUACAAUACCAAGCUUAUCAACCCCAACAGCUAUAUCUUCUUCAGUGCCAGUAACUCCAGAAACUACUCCAAUAUCAGGUUGCCCUGAUGCUGACCCGCCAAGAAAGAUGAAUGAAUCCUGGAUGUUAAACAAUUGCACUAUGGCAACUUGUGAGGGAGACAACAGAAUUGUUCUAUUGCUUCCUCCAGCUGUAGAGAUGAUUACUUGUGCAAGUGGACUCCCACCAAUAAAAGUCUAUGAUGAGGAUGGCUGCAACUACCACUAUGAGUGUGACUGUGUUUGCAGCGGCUGGAGCAAUUCUGACUACUUGACUUUUGAUGGAACUCACUACACAUUCCAUGACAACUGCACAUAUGUGCUGAUGAAACAGAUUGUGCCCAAAUACAAUUUCAGAAUCCUUGUUGACAAUUACUUCUGUGAUGUGGCUGAUGGACUCUCCUGCCCUAGAUCUAUCAUUGUGAAUUACAACUCCAUGGAAAUAGUGCUAAUCAGUCAGAUACACCAAGGAGAGAAAAAUAAUAAGAUUCUUGUCAACAAUGAGCCAAUCAGUGGAGGCUUCAGUAGAGAUGGCAUUUCAGUUGCCAAUGGUGGAACAUACAUGGUUGUUGAAAUCCUGGACAUCAAGUCUUACAUCAUCUUCAAUGGACUCACCUUCACAGUGAAAAUGCCAUUUAGCAUGUUUGGACACAACACUGAAGGCCAGUGUGGCACAUGUUCAAAUGACAAAGUGGACGAAUGCCGCAUGCCAACUGGCGAAGUAAUUUCCUCUUGUUCAGAAAUGGCUGCCGCCUGGCAGGUUCAGAAUGGAAAUAAGCCCAAUUGUGAAAGGCCCCCGGUACCACCUGCCACGCCAACAACUCCACCUGUGCCCUGCAAUUCUGCUUCUCCUCUUUGUGAGCUGAUUUUGAGCGAUCUCUUUGCAGAGUGUCAUAAGAUUCUGACGCCCAGCAUAUUCUAUGAGAGUUGCAUCGCUGAUUCAUGCCACAUUACCAAUGAAUCUAUACCAUGCUUCAGCUUGGAAACAUAUGCCUCCCUCUGCUCUGCUAAAGGUGUCUGUGCCAACUGGAGAAGCAAGACCCAAGGACAAUGCCCAUACAACUGUCCUAACGGCAAGGUGUAUGAUGCAUGUGGCCCUCUUAAUCCUGUCACCUGUCAUUCCGGAACUGUUAACCAUACAAGUGAACAUGUUGCUGAAGGAUGCUUUUGCCCCAAGGAUAAGAUUCUCUUCAAUUCAUACACUGACAUCUGUGUGUCAGAAUGCGCUUGUGUGGGACCAGAUGGAAUGCCCAAACUGCCUGGAGCCAUUUGGAAGAGUAACUGCCAGGAGUGUGUCUGUGACCCAUUCUCUGUUACUGUACAAUGUAAGUCACUGUCAUGUCAGACACCCGAGACACCCGUGUGUGAGAAAGAAGGAUUCAUACCUGUCCCAGUGUUGACACCAGAAGACCCAUGCUGUCCUGAAAUGGAAUGCAGAUGCAAUACAAGCGCCUGCUCCCAGACCAAGAAGACUUGUGAGCCAGGGUAUCAGCUAGCCACAAUCCUUUCAGAAGGAGACUGCUGUGUCAAUUAUAUAUGUGAACCAAUACCAGAUGUCUGUGUGCUUAAUGGAACUAUUUACCAGCCUGGAAUGACUGUUCCAAUGGACUCUUGUAAGACAUGUACCUGCAGUUCUGAAGUAGAUCCAGUCUCCAACAGAAACCUUCUGCAAUGUGAGCUGGUCCGCUGUGACACCACUUGCCCCCUGGGUUAUGAAUACAUGAUGAAAGAUGGAGAGUGCUGUGGAGAGUGUGUCCAGGUGGCUUGCACAAUCAAGCUGACUAACAACACUGUCCAGGUGCUCAAGCCGGGUGAUAUCUGGAAGCCUGAAGAUAAUCCGUGCAGCUAUUAUAAAUGUGAAAAAAUCGAAGAUCAGCUUGUUUCAGUCACAGUUCUGAGAACAUGUCCUGCCUUUGACCCAGAGGACUGCAAGCCUGAUGAAGUACAGCUGACUCCUGAUGGCUGCUGCAAAACCUGUACCUCUGGAUUACCAAGAUGCAAAGUUCACAAGAACUCCACUGUGAUCCGCCACAAUGAAUGUGAAUCUUCUGAGCCUAUUGAACUGACGUACUGUGAAGGUGUUUGUGCCAGCUCCUCAGUAUAUUCCUUUGAAACACAGCAGAUGCAACACAAGUGUACCUGCUGCCAGGAACUCAAGAGCCACAAGAGAGAGGUGACCCUGACAUGCAGCAAUGGAUCAAGCAUGAAUUAUGACUAUGUCUAUGUGGAACAGUGCCAAUGCAUGACUGCGUGCAUUCCAGAAACCACAACCACACAACAGUUCCAAAAGGAAGAAGAGCAGAAAAGAACAAGAUGAUCAUAGGAAAAAAGAACCCAAGAGGUCUAAAGCAGUUAAAAUCAAAAGCAACAUAGAUAAAAUAACCUGUGCACCGGCUUAAAACUCUGUUUCUUACUUAUUUCAGCUUCCACUAUCACCAUUUUUCACUUCUUAAAUAUGAGAAUAUUCAGCAGCCAAAUAACUAAGUCUUCAUAUGUAUUUUUAUUUCUAAACAAUACAAUUUUUGAGGGGGGAAGGAUAAACAAAAUUAUAACUUGCAUUGUUAGAGUCGUGAGUUAACCCAAAAAUUACUUUCCUUUACCAUUUCUCCUGUGAAGUUUGGAGACCAUUUAGUUCUAUUCUUUUCACCUAUUUCUUUUUUUAGUAUUCUCAUUGUUUCAAUGGGUCACCCAUUAUGGUUAUUUGUGUGCACGUGUAUAUCUAAAAACAACUGAAGAUCCCUGACAAAUGUCCCGUUUACAUCAUGGGAAUUCGCAAUUAUUCCAGUCAACCGUUUACAACAUUAAUGUUUUAGCAAGAAGUAGUAGGAUGACUCUUUAAAACAAAAAUAAUGGUGAUGGUGAGUUAAUGUUUCAUGUAGAAAACUGAAUUUCAUAGUUACGUUGCACUGUCCUUUGCUAUUUAUUUGUGAGUAGAGAAAUAAUUUUAUUGGGGGGGUUCAUUGUCUAUGGAUUUAAGGUUUUGUAUGGGGUUAACAUGUAAUCUUUUCCUAUUCAUUUUGUUCUUACAUGAUUAAUAAAACUUUCAGCAUUUUCAAUUUUGGUGACUUUGCUGUUUUCACUUGCUGAAACCUA